GGUGCUCCAUUCUUCCUUCUGACGCAGAUUCGAAGGUAGGAGAAGGAGGCUCGAGUUGACUUGGGACGUUCCGGGCCAGGAGGCGGGGUGGCAUCAUGGGCGAAGCUGGGAUUCUUUCUCGGGAGGAGGCCUUGCGCUUUGAGUCGCCCCAGUGGAAGCACGCCUGCCACGUCCUCUUCUACGCGCCAUGCCACGGACGCCUCUUCGGGAAGUUCCCGCUGCGUUAUGCCGUUUUGAUGCAGAUGCGGUUUGAUGGCCGCCUGGGCUUUCCAGGUGGGUUUGUGGAUCCGGAGGAUGUCUCCUUGGAGGAGGGUCUGAGUAGGGAGCUCCAGGAGGAGUUGGGCCCUGGGGCUGCUUUGCUGCAAGUGACGAAACAGGAUCACCUGAGCGCCUAUACAUCUGAGAAGCCCCGGCGAGUGGUGGCUCACUUUUACAUCAAGCAGCUGACCCUGGAGGAGCUCCAAACCCUGGAGGAGAAGGCUACUCAGGCCAAAGACCAUGGAUUAGAGGUUAUGGGUCUCCUCCGCGUUCCUCUCUAUAUCCUACAGGAUGGUGUUGGAGGCCUCCCCACUUUCCUUACAAACAGUUUCAUUGGCAAUGCCCGGGAGCAGCUGAUUCACUCCUUGGACACUUUACAGCUGGUACCAAGAGAGCAACUUCAGAAAGCUGUGAACAUGGCCCAAAAGAGACCUUGAGAUUCAUUGGAUGGCUUUGUUGCCCUUUUGCCCUGAAUGGCUCCAUGGGGGGAUCACGGAAGAACAUUUAGUCUCCUAAAUGGAGUGGCUGCAGGUGAAGAGUGUGGGAACAUAUCUGGAAAGGAUCUUUUCUGUUUUCUUGCUUCCUUGGAAUGGCUGGGUGUCUUGGAAUAGAGUCUUUCAAGGCAGAUGGCUUUGAACAGAGAUUUAGUCAUCCGGAUUGUUUUGCAUUUGCAUUAUCUAUGGUGUCCAGUUUGGAUCUAAGAAAGUAUUUGAAAAUUAAAGCAAAAUGGUUUACCUCUUA